CCAGGCGUAGUUGCGGCAGUUACCUGAGAGCAACAAGAUUAAAGGACGCUGCUGGCGGCGUCCAUUUUAAUCUACACAAAAGAAAACACGAUGGUGGAACAAACGAGACGGCAAAGUCGUGCGGUGUCGCUCCGGGCUGGACCCGGAGAGGUGGACGCUGGUUCCCUGUCUGACGUGAACCUCAGAAUCAGCGACAGGGCUGCAAGGGCCUGUGGUCGCCAGUUGGCAAUAAUCGGAGACCAGAUGGUCCGGGAGAGGGCGAGGAGAGAUCCAACCUGGCAACCACUUCCUCUACACCUGCUGAGACCUGCCCAGACACUGAGAAGGACCAUCUACAGAGAUAUCCAGAGUCAGUUAUGGGGCUUUCAGAGCCUCUUUGCUGCCGUGAAGGCGUGGAUAGUGAGUACUACACCUGGGCAGGGGAUCCUCAGGACUGAGGCCUUCACAGCUCGGAUGUCCCAUUUUAAAGCGGUUGUCUGCGCUGGCUGGGCGGGACGAGCACUUAUGACUGUGGCGCUGGUGGCCACGGUGAGCAUCGUUGGUGCGCUGUGGUUGGAAGAAGAAAGCUAAAGGGGCUAUGAGCAGGUCUUUUCUGGGCUUCACACGCUUGACAAAAAAAAAAAAAAAGAAAAAAAGACAAAAAAAAGUUUGCAAAUGAGUGAAAAUGACUUCUUACUUUAAUUCCGCUGUUUACUUUGACUUCUCUUUUUAUACUAUUUUAAUGAGCUGUGUUGAAGUUGCUGUAGCUGGAAACAAAAAGGUAAAAAAAAUAAAA